GUGUUCUACCUCGGCCCCACGCAAGAUGGCGGCCGCACGACCACUCUGCUGAAGGAGCGGCCGGGAGGUGAGAGCAACACCACCGAGAUGCUGAACUACUUCUACAAGCCGAACGCCGAGCUGAAGCUCUAUGUCAAGAACAUGCGCAAGCGACCGAGCCUGCUGCUGAAGCAGCCACGUGCCUUUCCGGAGGAAAGGGAUGGACUCUUCGCCCAGCGCACCGGUGCCACCUGGGCACUGGACUGGGAGACACAGCUGCUCGGCGUGGGGGAGGCGGUGCCCGCACGGCCGCUCGUCAUGCAGGUCGGCGACACCUUGAUCCUGGAGGUCCCACAGACCGACCAGAGCGGGGAGUACAGGUACAUGGUGAGUGUCUACAUGGACAAGACCGAUGUGCUGAGCAAGCCCGUGAACGAGGUCAUUGAGGUCAAGGCGCCGAAGAAAGGGAAGAAGGGGGGACCCGAACCGGACCCGCUGCUGCAGCUCACCUUCGUGGCCCUGCAGGAAGGCAAGUCUGUGAUCUUCGCGGACGUGAGCUGGGAAGAUCAGGAAGAGAAGCUGUGCUUGACGCACAAGCUCCUGGCCCCAGUCUCCAAGAAUACGGUGGCCAGGAUCGGACCUAUGGAGGUGGAGAUCCAGAAAGCGGUCGGCGGCAAAGGGGACAAGGGUGCGCUCCAGUGGUGGACUGGCGACAAGUGGGCAGGCAAGAAGAAGAAACCUAAGAAGUGA